CUCCGGCUGGAUUCCCAGUGAUACAACCUAGCUACUUAGUGAGUUGUGGUGAGCUAGCUUGCCUCAGGUUUCCGGAGGCAGAGUGAGGGCUCCUGUAAACCUCUGCUGUUGCACGAGUGACUCAUACGUGGAUGCUUUUUCUUUCUGUGUCACUGAUUCGCGUUGUUCACUGUGCCUGACUAUGCCACAGAAAGAGAGCCUUAAUACUCAAGGAUGAGCCCUGGCACACGGGUUACUUGGCAUUAAACACACCGCCGGUCAACUUUGUGCUGACCCAUGUUGAAGGUGGCGUCUCCUCUCUAGGUUUCCCUCAGUACACUUGUCCGGGUCACCCAGAGAUCAAAUGAAAAGGAUGGCUAUGACACUGGAUGAGUUCACCCGCUCGGUGGAUGCCAAGUCUCUCCCCAGAGUACUGCAGAUGCAAUCUGGAUAUUAUUUCCAAGGUUCUGAGCUGUAUGGAAGAGAGGGGAGUUUCUCCUGCGGAGAGCUCCUGAAGAUCAUUGGGAUCAGUGUCACCAGACUCAUCGUGGAGCUUCAGUCUGAGGGAUCCAAAUCCAUAACAGUCGAUCUAUUGCUUGACUACCCAGUUGGGAAGAAUGUUGUUUUCAUCCCAUCCACCCUGGAUGUUGAGGUUUUGGACGUUACAGAGGAGUGCGACGGUGCCUGUUUCAUGCAGCCUCUGUCCUUCCGUGAUGUCUUUGCCAAGCCCAGCGAGUUCUUCCCCUUCAAAGCAGAAGUCAUCGAGCCACCAUCACAAGUUCAGGAGGAAUUGGGUUUUCUGAAAUCCUCUAAGCAGGUCAUUGUCCACAGUGCCUACCAGGCGAAGAGAAUCCUAGCAUCUGAGAUUCGCAGCGAGGCCCAGAGACGCUUCCUCAUCCCAGUGUCUUACAAUGGCAGGUUCAAGCGCAGGCCCCGGACAUUUCCCACAGCGUAUGAUCUGGAGGUGGCCAAGAGUAACAUGGAGCAGCUGCACGUAGUGGCCACUGGGGCCUUUGAGACCCACUACGAGGGGCUGUCCUCUGUGCUGGUGGGAGACCAGUACCUGGUACACAAGAUGGAGACAAGCGAGGUGAUCUACGGAGACAAGAGGAAGACGGUGGAGGCCCUGGCCUGUGAGAAGAUGGUGGGGAAGAAGUACGAGGCCGUGCUGAUCCCCAUGUGUCUGGAUGGGGGUUUUGUGGAGGUGGUCCACGACAAGAAGCAGUACUUGCUCUCAGACCUCUGCCACAGGUUCGCCCUGCCCUUCAACGUCAAGGUGUCCAUGAGGGACCUCUCAGUGAAGGAGGACCCCUUGGCUGGGGCCGCGGGGCUGCAGCUGGAGGAGGAGAUCACUGACCCCUACCUUAUUGUCUCCACCCUGGACCUGGCCCAGUGUUGGGAGGUGCCUGUCAACCGCACUAACAUGGCCCUGCAGCUUCUGGAGCAGUGGAAUGGCCCAAAGCUGACCCAGGGCGAGGCCGUCCGCUCAGCUGUAGAGGAGAUAGGAGAGGACUGCUACUUCACCCUGAGGAGGUAUGUCAAUGCCAGCGUGCUGCCUCCCCCUCGACCACCCAAGAGACACCAAAAGCACUCAGAAGAUACAGUGAAACUGCCGCCUCCCAGGCCGAAGAAGCCAGAUCCCCCCUCUCCAAAGAGCCCACAUGCAGCCAAUAAAGCCGAACAAGCAGUGCCUACCUUUACAACAUCAAGCUGUGCAGAACAGAACACCCCUCCACCAAGAAAUAAAACUUCCAAAACAAGUCUGGUCACAGUGACUGAUUCAGGCCCACAAAAAGCCACCGGUGAAGAAAACAGUCCUCGGCACAAGACCAUUAAACAGGAUGAUGAUGAUGACACUAAAGAUUAUGAACACAUUGACGAGGAUGAACUUGCCCGCAUCAGGAGAAAAUUGAACGACCAAAGUAUUCACGGCAAGAGAAAAGCAAUAAACACAUAUGCCAUGCAGACUGCGAAACAGGUUUAGGGAAUAAGAGAAUCAAUGGAUAUCUUUAGGAUGGAAUAGAAUCAAUGGAUAUCUUUAGGAUGGAAUAGAAUCAAUGGAUAUCUUUAGGAUGGAAUAGAAUCAAUGGAUAUCUUUAGGAUGGAAUAGAAUCAAUGGAUAUCUUUAGGAUGGAAUAGAAUCAAUGGAUAUCUUUAGGAUGGAAUAGAAUCAAUGGAUAUCUUUAGGAUGGAAUAGAAUCAAUGGAUAUCUUUAGGAUGGAAUAGAAUCAAUGGAUAUCUUUAGGAUGGAAUAGAAUCAAUGGAUAUCUUUAGGAUGGAAUAGAAUCAAUGGAUAUCUUUAGGAUGGAAUAGAAUCAAUGGAUAUCUUUAGGAUGGAAUAGAAUCAAUGGAUAUCUUUAGGAUGGAAUAGAAUCAAUGGAUAUGAUGGAUAUCUGAUACAUAUUCCAAGCUUAAAGUUCGAGUGUGAAGAUCAAUGAACGUUUUGGCAUGUGAGAUAUAAUGUUCAAAUUUCAAGCAACAUUUAUCUUUGUUAUCAUGCACUUUACACUGAGCCACUCUUCCAUGUAAAUGUAUUAUUAUAGGCAGACAAUAAAUACAUCGUUUGUGCAUUAAUCAACAAGGACUUUUGUCUACUGUGGAAAAUGAAUGAUGGCAAACACAGGAAGUGUUAAAUAGCACUGUGUGAGUUUUAUUCAUUGGACUUAUGUGCUGAGGCCUGAGCAGCUGCGGGUCAUCUCUGUCAGAAUGGCGACGAAGGUGGAAACAACAAAUUUAGGGUCCAGGAUCAGGUUCUGUAGGAGCUCCCGGCCCUUCUCCCGAGCCUUGUCAGAGCACAUGGCUGAGCGCCACAUCUUAACCGGAGAGCCCA